GGCAAUAUUAGAAACAUAUUUAAUAUGGCGAUAUUGGUAACUGCAAGGCUGCUGCUGUGAAGUCGGUCUGUUGUCUACGUAAUUGUACCCCAGUCUGUUUUAAUAUGUGGCAGAUGCUGUCGUCUGCCUCCUUCAUUGUGUUUAAUGGAUUAGUUGUGAUGGCUACGCAAUUCGGUAUUCACAAGCAAAACAUAUCUAGCCACAACGGUUUUUAAAUGUAUAUAGCAAGCAAGUAAUUUUUUUAUUGAAAUCGCUAUACACAAUAUACUUCGUAUAUUUUUGAAAGCGAAAUGGAAAUUUCAAAUGGCGUUUUGGAGCGACUCAGAACCAGUGGCGACGGAAUGGAAGAACAAACUAAUACGUGUAAGGAAGCAAAUGUCAAAUUCCGUUAUGCCGUUCGUCGACCAACUAGUGCUACCAUACAAGAAAAUGUUCAUAAAUCCACAAAUAACAGUUCAACAUGCCUAAACGACCAACUCCUACAUUCUGGUCUGCAAACACUUUAUCGCCGAUACGAAGGACCAUGUAGUCUUGCACCAGUGUUACCAGGAGGUAAAUUGAUUCAAAUGAUUCCUCAUUUAGUCAAAUCAGCCAAAACCAAGGGUACACAUACGAAAAAUAAACCUCCAAAAUUUAUACCAUAUGAGCCAUAUACAGGCGCAACAAGUUCCAUCGUAUCUACUCCACGCCCAAAAACAGCGAUGAAAAAUAAAAACAAUUUAGAUAUUGGAGUACUUGUAAGUCAAAUGUCAACAAUGCGUUCCAAAGAAUUAGGCGAUAAGAACAGCGAGGAAUAUUGUGGUAAUAGUUCUUUGGAUGUUAAAUUUGAGAAACUAAGAGAAGAACUCAGAAAAAUUACGGAGGAACGAGAUUAUUACCAAGGACAAUUUAGAUUUCAAACCCAAGUUAAUUCUGAAUUAAAAAAUUUGUUAGUAGCAUCUGUAGGCGAAGAUAUGCAGUCACAUGUUAAUGUGCUCACAGAAGACAAACUUCAGUUGGCACGCGCGUUGUUAGAUACCGCGAAAAAUUUAACAACACAUACGGAGCAAAUUGAGUUUCUUGCGAGCCAGUGUGAAGUGUGGCGUUCCAAAUUUCUUGCUAGUAGCGUUAUGGUAGAAGAACUAGCGCGAUGGAAAGCUGAUCUAAUACAGAAGAACCAAAUACUUGAAGAAUCCACUAAGCGAUUACUCCACGCAACACAUCAAAUCCGAGAAAUGCAGUUAGAAAUCUUAAAAAAUUUAAAAUUUGUUGCAAAGAUACGUUAUCUAAACCUUCCAAGUACUGAUGUAAUUAACCUUAGUGCCGAAAAUUUAAAUAUCGUACAUCAAAUGGUACUGCACUCUGGCGUUGGAAUUCCCGAAGGUGACAUAGAUAUUUUGAGCACUAGUAAAAAUCCUCUUUGUGAUGCUGAAAAAUAUGCAGUAAAGUCUUUACAAUUCAUUAGUCAGCCUUUAAUGGCUACGGAUGAAGCGAUAAAAGCUCUUUUUGGACAAGUCCAGCGACCAUAUAGUGGAAUAAAUACACCUAGUUAAUUGUUUAUUAAUAAUUAAUAAACAGUUCCCACGACAGCCGGUUCUACGUACCGGAAUAUUCCUCAAUCUCAUAGAUUUUGUAUGGCACAUACUUAAAUAACAUACUUAAAUUCAAGUUUAACAUCGCGAUGAAAAUGUUUUUAACCUAUCUUCAAAUUUCAUUGACAUGCGAUAUUUAAUGCUUGAAUAUAGUAUUUUUAAUAAAUUAGUUCAUUCUGCAUUUAAUUUCAUUUGUACUAAAUUUGGAAUUAAGUUCCAUGAUGAUCGGUUACGUGAUUUCGGUGUGAAGUAACAAAAACAUGUAUGUGCUUACAUUCUCAUUUGUAAUAUUCGUAUGGAUAUACAUAUGUAUAUAUUUUAUACUCUAGUAAUAUGUUGCUACAGAGUACAGCAGAACAAGCGAAAAACUAAAGAAAUCUGUUAAUCCAGAAUUAAGAACAGAAAUAUUUUAAUGGAAAUAAAGAAAAAAUAUUGACAUAACUACAUAAUUAUUCGUCGCUACUUGAUAAUAAGCGCAAUUGUUUGCUACGAACUGAACAAGUCGGUAUCAUCACUGGAGAUAUCCAAAUUAUCCGAUGGUAACUUUCGACAGAUUUCGGUAUUUCAUUCCCAUUUUUCCAAAAUCCUUGCCCUAUCCUAAUCCUAAUUGAUAGCACGAACAUUUGAUAAAAUAUUACGAGGUAAUAAACUUUUAACACUUUAA